AUGUUUACUUCCCAGGAGCAAGCACGUUUUUGUGCACGCUGGGUGCGUGAGAUGAUCGAGUUUUUGGGUUUGUCAUGUCAUCCCACCAAGUGCCAGUGGGAGCCGUCGCAGUCAGUGUAUCACUUAGGCAUUACUGUCAAUACAGCAGCUGGUGUGUUUGAGGUGCCUAAGCAAAAGCUCGCAAAAUUGUGGUGGCUGGCGAUCGGGUUGCGGAUCACGGCAAAGAAAAAUCAGCGUCUGGUGCAGAAGUGCGAGCUGGCUAAGUUUUGUAGUUUUGCACAGAGCAUCAAAUUGGCCCUUACUCCAGCUCUCUUAUUUCUCCGCAAUUGUUACGAUGAUGUGAAGCAACCGGUCUGGCAGUGCGGGUGCAGUCGUCUUGUGGGUGCUUUGCUUAGCACUCGGUCGGUCAGUGUGGCGCUGCAAUUGCGGGGUCGUGUGCCCCCGAGGUCUUUCGAGGCGUUUGGCUUCAGGAGUUUCGGUGUGCGCGCCUGUCUGGCAGCUCUCACGUCUUUGGCCCUCUUGCGGCUCGGCACGAAGCGCCGUGGUGGUUCAGUAUUUCAACCGUUAGAGGGGACAGAGCGUCCUUCACGUCCGGGUGCGCGAGUACUACCGUAUUUGGAUGAUUUCCUAAUCAUGUUUACUUCCCAGGAGCAAGCACGUUUUUGUGCACGCUGGGUGCGUGAGAUGAUCGAGUUUUUGGGUUUGUCAUGUCAUCCCACCAAGUGCCAGUGGGAGCCGUCGCAGUCAGUGUAUCACUUAGGCAUUACUGUCAAUACAGCAGCUGGUGUGUUUGAGGUGCCUAAGCAAAAGCUCGCAAAAUUGUGGUGGCUGGCGAUCGGGUUGCGGAUCACGGCAAAGAAAAAUCAGCGUCUGGUGCAGAAGUGCGAGCUGGCUAAGUUUUGUAGUUUUGCACAGAGCAUCAAAUUGGCCCUUACUCCAGCUCUCUUAUUUCUCCGCAAUUGUUACGAUGAUGUGAAGCAACCGGUCUGGCAGUGCGGGUGCAGUCGUCUUGUGGGUGCUUUGCUUAGCACUCGGUCGGUCAGUGUGGCGCUGCAAUUGCGGGGUCGUGUGCCCCCGAGGUCUUUCGAGGCGUUUGGCUUCAGGAGUUUCGGUGUGCGCGCCUGUCUGGCAGCUCUCACGUCUUUGGCCCUCUUGCGGCUCGGCACGAAGCGCCGUGGUGGUUCAGUAUUUCAACCGUUAGAGGGGGUAUCUUCUCCUUUGGCAUUUGUCUCUGACGCAACAACUUAUGCGAGCUUGCGUUAA